UGGCUUUUAAAAUCUAAGGGCUGAAUAAUAAAAUUGAGCCCUUUAUUCUCCAUUUCUGACAUUUCUUAGCUGAAUCUUCCAUGAACCUUUCAUCAUUUCCCUUCAAUUUUCAUUUCCUCAAAUUUCAAUAAUUAGCUAUUGUCCUUUGCCAUCAUCCUACACGCACAGCUACAAAAACUGACCGAUUCAAAAUCAAACACUAAAAUUUUCCUACAAAACCCAAGCAUCUUCCAAAUUUCAAACGAAUUCUGCAAGUAGAAUGAGUUGGUUUCUAGAAGGUUGUUAAAGUACUAGAAGGCAUAAAAAUGGGGCUUUUUGAUGGAUUGCCAGUUCCUCCUGAUAAAGAGUAUUUACGGGCUGAGAUUUCAAGAAUAGAUGAGAGUUGGGCCGCUGCACGCUUUGACUCGUUACCUCAUGUUGUUCAUAUUUUGACAUCAAAAGAUCGGGAAGCUGAAGCCCAGGUUUUGAAGGAGCAAAGUGAUGUUGUUGAGGAGGUUGUCGAUGAAGUGGUGCAUGCUUAUCACAGUGGCUUCAAUAAAGCAAUUCAAAAUUAUUCUCAGAUCUUGCGGUUGUUCAGUGAAUCUACAGAAAGUAUCGCUACUCUAAAGGUUGAUUUGGCUGAAGCAAAGAAGCGCCUUGGUGCCCGGAGCAAGCAAUUGCAUCAGUUGUGGUAUCGGUCUGUUACUCUGCGGCAUAUAAUUUCUCUAUUAGAUCAGAUUGAGGGCAUAGCUAAGGUUCCUUCUCGUAUUGAGAAACUCAUUGCUGAAAAGCAGUUUUAUGCAGCAGUUCAGUUACAUGUUCAGUCAGCAUUGAUGCUUGAGCGAGAAGGUCUUCAAACAGUUGGUGCUCUUCAAGAUGUUCGAUCUGAGCUUGCAAAACUACGAGGAAUCCUCUUCUACAAAAUUUUGGAGGAUUUGCAUUUGCAUCUUUACAACAAAGGAGAAUAUAGUUCAGUUGUCUCUAGCUUGGAUGAAAGAGAUGAUGAAUUGCCAACCACCACAGCUGUUGCAUUCACGAUGAGUAAUUCACAAUCACUGUCUCGAAGAACCAGAUUAAUGAAAGGUGACAAUCAUGGAUUUGUUGAUGGAUCAUACAGACCAGGUUCUGUUGAUGGAGGUUCAUCAUUUGAUGGCCAUGAUGAGGAGGGUAAUUUGGAUAUGCAUGAUGAAGCAAACUUGGACGGACAAGCAGCAACAAUGAGGGUAAUAGGUGGUGAUGGGAAUGCAAAAGACAUGAAAAUUCUUGCUCGUCAAUUACCUAGUUGGCUUUCAAAUUCCACUCCCGACGAAUUUAUUGAAGCAAUUAAAAAGAGUGAUGCUCCACUUCAUGUGAAGUAUUUGCAAACAUUGGUGGAAUGCCUUUGCAUGCUAGGCAAAGUUGCUGCUGCUGGUGCAAUAAUAUGCCAGAGAUUGCGACCCACAAUUCAUGACAUUAUUACUUCCAAGAUAAAAGCUCAUGCAGAACAUGUCAAUUCUUCAAGGUCUAGCAUUUGUCAAGCUUCCCAAACUGUUACAACAGGUCUUCAUUUUGUGAAAGGACAGUUAGAAAGUUAUCAGUUACCAAAACAGAAGCGUCAGAAUGGGAUAUCACUAGCAGCAACUUUAUUGUCAGUAAGCCCUGUUUCACCAGUCAUGGCUCCUGCAGGAAAAGCACAAGCCGCUGCAAAGGAGCUUCUUGAUUCAAUUUUGGACACUGUUGUUCAAAUAUUUGAGAAUCAUGUUGUUGUUGGAGAACUACUGGAGUCAAAAUCUGCUCAGAGUGCUGACAUGAACACACCAAGGUCGGUGACAAUUGAUGUGACUUGGAACCCCGAUUCUGAAGCAUCUCAAGCUACUGGAGGUUACAGCAUUGGCUUUUCCUUGACAGUUUUGCAGAGUGAAUGCCAACAACUUAUAUGUGAGAUUCUUCGAGCUACUCCUGAAGCUGCAUCUGCUGAUGCUGCAGUCCAAACUGCUAGACUCGCAAGCAAGUUUCCUUCCAAGGAGAAGAAGGAUGGUUCAGAAGAUGGCCUUACCUUUGCUUUUCGAUUCACAGAUGCUAGUAUAUCUAUUCCUAACCAGGGUGCUGAUCUCAUUCGUCAAGGAUGGACUAGGAAGGGUCCAAAUGUCUUGCAAGAAGGUUAUGGAUCUGCUGCUGUCUUACCUGAGCAAGGCAUAUAUCUUGCAGCAUCUGUAUACCGGCCUGUUCUUCAGUUUACAGAUAAGGUUGCUUCAAUGCUGCCAAAAAAGUAUUCGCAACUCGGGAAUGAUGGAUUACUAGCGUUUGUGGAGAACUUUGUAAAGGACCAUUUCUUGCCAACUAUGUUUGUGGACUAUCGGAAGGGUGUUCAGCAAGCUAUAUCAAGUCCAGCUGCCUUUCGUCCAAGGGCGCACACUACUGCUACUUAUACCCCGUCAAUUGAGAAGGGUAGACCUGUAUUGCAGGGACUUUUGGCAAUAGAUUUCUUAGCAAAAGAGGUGCUUGGGUGGGCACAAGCUAUGCCUAAAUUUUCUGGUGACCUUGUGAAGUAUGUGCAAACUUUUCUAGAGCGUACAUAUGAAAGAUGUCGAACAUCAUAUAUGGAGGCAGUUCUUGAGAAGCAGAGUUACAUGCUGAUUGGGAGGCAUGAUAUUGAGAAAUUGAUGCGACUUGAUCCAGCAAGUUCAUGCUUACCAAAUCCACUUGGCAAGUCAAAUGUGGUUAAUGAUGCCUCAGCUGCUACUGAGAUUGAAUCAGAACUGGGAGAGUUAUUCUUGAAUUUGCAGCCUAUCAAGCAGGAAAAUCUUAUUCGUGAUGAUAACAAACUGAUUUUGCUGGCAUCUCUUAGUGAUUCAUUGGAGUAUGUUGCAGAUUCAAUUGAAAGGCUUGCACAAACAACUUUAAGGACAUCAAAUCAAGAAGUAAAUGGCAAGAGUCUGCCAUCCUUUGCAGAUGAUUACAGAAAACUGGCAAUUGAUUGCCUGAAGGUGUUGCGUGUGGAGAUGCAGUUGGAGACUAUUUUCCAUAUGCAGGAAAUGACGAACAGGGAAUACUUGGAGGAUGAAGAUGCAGAAGAACCAGAUGACUUCCUUAUUUCACUCACUGCACAGAUAACUCGUAGGGAUGAGGAAAUGGCACCUUUUGUUGCGGGGAUAAAGCGGAAUUACAUAUUUGGCGGAAUUUGUAGUAUUGCAGCAAAUGCAUCAAUAAAGGCUCUGGCUGACAUGAAAUCCAUUAAUCUCUUCGGGGUUCAGCAGAUAUGUCGGAAUUCAAUCGCACUGGAACAGGCCCUAGCUGCUAUUCCAUCCAUUGAUAGUGAAGCUGUACAGCAGAGAUUAGAUCAUGUCCGCACUUAUUAUGAACUAUUAAACAUGCCAUUUGAGGCCUUGCUUGCUUUCAUCACAGAGCACGAUCACGUGUUUACAGCCGCAGAGUACGCCAAUCUUCUGAAGGUCCAGGUUCCGGGAAGGGAGAUUCCUCCAGAUGCACAAGAACGAGUAUCAGAAAUCUUAUUUCUUUAGCUUUUCUUGUUGGUGAAUGCAGAGUGAAAUACUAUGUAAAAAAUGGAAGAGGUUUACACGAACAUAACUGAUUCAGUGUUGAAGGUGGAUUGAUGCUUAGAUCAGAAGCUCUUCAGUGGAAAUCUGACUGCUUGUGAAUUUUUGCCGAAUAUAUUGUAGAUUCUGAGAGCCUUGCUGUUUCUUUUAUUGUUGUUGUCUCGUUUUAUUUAGUGUGCUCGUCUUUCUUUGUAUUGUAGGUGGGGCUUGCUCAACGUUGAUAAGAGUGAUGAUGAUAGUGCAAUGUAAUCAUAUUAUUUCCCUGUAAAUCAUUCAUUUAUAUUCAUGCUCAGUUCAGUA